CCCACUGCCUAAAAUUACCACAGAGAACAGCUGAGCCCUUGAUGACUGCUCGCUCUCCCCCUCUCUCGCGCUCUCUCUCUCUCCCUCUCUAUUUCUCACGCGUGCUCUGUCGCUUGCGUUAUAGUAACAGCCUCUUUUCACAAUGACACGUUUUAGUUACACGGAGUAUUUUUCGUUGUUUCAUUCAAGUGGAAUGAAGAGCAGCUCGGCGCUGGCUGUGCUCAGCCAGUGUUUUGACAGUGGAGGGCGACGAGGGAACCUCGGCGACGUCACCUCAAUCUCCCCAGAGCCUACACGUUGUCUAUUUCGCAGGGAUGUAGAGCCCAUGAUACAGGCUAUUAGAAAAGGUGACGUGCAGACCGUGUCUGAACUAGCCGCAUCUACAUCAUGCAUCCAAACACAGAUGGAGGGCUGGACAGCUCUACAUGAAGCAGCAUACUGGGGGCAAGCCGGCUGUGUUAAAGCUCUACUUAAAGCUAAACCCACUUCAGUAGAUAAGCGCACGCUCCAGGAGCAGACCGCUCUUCUAAUUGCGACUGAUGGAAAACACCUGGACUGUGUAAAGUGUCUUUUGGAGGCAGGAGCAGACCCAGAUAUCAGCAAUAAAAACAAAGAGACACCACUAUAUAAAGCUUGUGAACAGGAGAGCAUUGACAUAGUCAGAGUGAUCCUAGCAUUUGGAGGUGCAGUGAACCAGCGUUGUCAUCGGGGGUGGACAGCUCUCCAUGAAGCAGUGAGGCGUGGAAACACAGAGCUGUGUGAGACCCUCCUUCAAGCCGGAGCUGCCAUUGAUCCCCCUAGCACCUACGGCAUCACUCCACUCAUAGAGGCUGCGCAGCAUGGGAGGACAAAGGUUGUGGACUACCUCAUCCAAAAAGGUGCGAAAGUGAACCUACAAUCAUGUGAGGGAACAACUGCUCUGAGUGAAGCAAGUAAGCAAGGCCAUCUAGCUACAGUAGAGCUUCUGCUCAGACACCAUGCAGAUGCCAACAAAGCUUCCAAUACUGGACUUCUACCUCUGCACAUUGCUGCCCAGCAUGGACAUAAAGAGAUUGUCUCCUUGUUGCUGCCUGUCACAGGUCGAGCUAAGAUACGGCAAAGUGGGAUCACACCUCUCCAUCUGGCAGCUGAGUUCAACCAUGAAAAUGUUGUGUCUUUCUUGAUCAGUUCUGGCUCUGAUGUAAACAGCAGAUUGUCCAACCAACGAUCAUCCUUAUUCCAUGACCAUCGUACUACAGCUCUUUACUGUGCAGUGGCAGCUGGUAAUGCAGGUGUCGUGGACACUUUGCUCAAGGCUGGUGCAAACCCCAACCUGGACCCUCUCAGCCCACUGAUGGUUGCAGUGCGCCAGGGUUGUUUCAGGACUAUUUCCACCCUGGUGGAAUAUGGGGCAGAUGUUAAUGCUCGCAUACCAGCCCAUCCAACAGAUUUCCCAGGAGUGCUGUUGUGUACACAUCAUUUGGGAAUUUUACAGUAUCUAUUGGACAAUGGCUGUCAGGCACAUAAUUGUUUCAGGUGUUACCAUAAAGAAACCAGGCAGCCUUACAUCACCAGUCAGAGCAGAAGGGGAGAUGCAGGGCAGAGGAUUCACACAAUGAUGGAAAACACAUCGAUUCCAUCACGAACAACCUGCACAGAAUCAGCCACCAGAAAUCUACAGUUUUGUGAAUGGAUCUCCUCUGCCUCUGUGUGUCAUAUGGCAGCACCUCUUAUCAGCCUGCUUCUGGACUAUGUAGGAAAUGUCCAUCUGUGCUGCAGAGUGACUGAACAGUUAAACAGAAAAGAAGAGUGGAUUGGUAUUAAGGAAAAAGCAUUGUCUCCCCGUCCACUGAUGCACCUUUGCAGGUUGAAGAUUCGUGAGCAGGUUGGUGCCCACAGACUGAAGUCCCUAAAUACUCUUCCACUACCAGGCAGACUACUCCACUAUCUGCGCUGUUCACAGACCAGCACUAGAGAAUACCCAGACCUCAUGCUUGGCACAGCUCAAACACAACAUGCAGGACCACAAAGAUACCUAUGAUGCCUUUCCUGCCUCAGCUGAUGGCAGAAACUAAACCAGUAAGACUUUGGUAAAAAUGAGGUAAUGGGAAGGGUUAGAAAUGUUGAAACAGGCAUGCAUUAGGGAAUGUCUGUAAAUGCUGCUUGUGAUACUACAAGUUAUAUUCCAGUGGUGCUUUCUGGUAGAUUUGUACACAUUUGCAUUAUUAUUUGAGGUAGGGAUUCUAGGCAUUAAUGUAGAAAGUGAUUUGGCGGUCAAACAAUCAGUAAGUCCAAACUCUGGGUGCUUCUAAUUUCUAUUAAACAGUAGUAAUAGGUGAACAGUAAACAUGCAUACAAAAGUAUAAAUAGCAAGUAAAAUUGCCAAACGCUGUCUAUAAGAAAUGCACUAACUACACUUGGGAAUACAGCUACUGAGUGGACUUCAAAUGUGUUUUGACUGAAAAUUGAAGAUGAAAUUUUAUUACUUGAAGGUCUCUUCAUUGUAGAUGAUAUAGUGUUGUUUUAUUAAGUGUGUUUGUGUUCAAUGUAACAUAAAAUGUGGCCAAAAUGAAUGUUAAAAUCAGUUAUACAAAACAUGAGCAAUGUGUGCAGGAAAAUGUGCAGAAAGGUGUUUGUUAAAUGUGACCAUUGUUGUUUGUUUGCUUGGCUUUUUUGUUUACAGAAAAGAUGAAUAUUACUGCAUUGAUUGAAUCUGGCUUUAUGCUUUAAAUUUAGCACACAAUGCAUGAGAGUGAUAGACAAAGGCUUACUGUAGUGGUUUAAAUGUGCACAGUAUCAUGUAUCAGUACAAUGGAUGCUACAGAGAACAAGGGUGUGGAAUUAAACUGUGUAAAGUUU